CGCAGCCCUUUUCCGGCGUCUCAGAGCCGUAACGAGACUCCGACUCCCGGAGGCUUUUGAGGCUGAGAAGAAAGACUACAUUUCCCAGAGGCCUCUGCGCCGUCGCGGCCGGAAGCGGCGGGCGAGUCUAGUGUCCUUGCGCGCGGAGCCGAGUGACCAUGGUGUCCCGGGUGUGGUCGCUGAUGAGGUUCCUCAUCAAGGGCAGUGUGGCUGGGGGCGCCGUCUACCUGGUGUACGAUCAGGAGCUUCUGGGGCCCAGCGACAAGAGCGAGGCAGCCCUGCGGAAGGCCGGGGAGGUGGUCCCCCCGGCCAUGUACCAGUUCAGCCAGUACGUGUGUGACCAGACAGGCCUGCAGAUACCCAAGCUCCCAGCCCCUCCAAAGAUUUACUUUCCGAUCCGUGACUCCUGGAAUUCAGGUAUCAUCACAGUGAUUUCGGCUCUGUCAGUGGCCCCCUCCAAGGCCUGCGAGUACUCCAAGGAGGGCUGGGAAUACGUGAAGGGGCGUACCAAGUAGUGAGUCAGCGGAGGCUGCCUGCCCCGGGUCAGAACAGGCAGGGACGCCACCGACCUGAAGGUUCCAGACUGGGACCCCCACUCCAAGGGCAGCUCCCGGCCUUGCCGGCCCAAUAAAGGACUUCGGAAGUGU